AUGUCUGCCAUAAACCAGGGCGACUUCCACAACGGCCAUGGCCACUUCGCCUUGGAUCCGUCCUAUGCUGACCCAGGCCAAGACGACCCUCUGGCUGGGCUGCAGGAUUUCCCACAAGAAAUGUAUGGCCAGCAGGACAAGGCAGAUUAUGCCGGCACCAUCGAGAAUAUGAGCCAUAGCCAUACCCCCGACUUCACCAAUCAACAAUUUCAGUACAACGGUCAAGCCAACCAGCUGUUCAACGGCAAUGUUUCUCAAUUUAACGACUCUCAACUCAUGCCUCAGCAUGGCCACCAAAAUCCUUCUCAACUGCAACAGCAGCGCUUCGAGUCGAUCCCUCAGUCCUACUCUCCUGCUCCUCAAACCUUCGUCCACUCGCCUCAGCAGCACCAGGCCCAGCCGGAAAGAAUCUACUCCCAGUCGCCGCACUCCUUUCAGGCCCAGCAGGCUCAGCAGGCCCAGCAAGCUCAGCAUGCUCAGCAGGCCCAGCAAGCUCAGCAUGCUCAGCAUGCUCACCAGCAAAACGGACAGUCAUUCUCUAAUCCGAAUCAGCCUACCUUCCAGGCGAACCAGACGCCUUCUUAUCAACAACACAAGCUGAUGCCUCAGCAAAUGUCUUACGCCCAGCCAACGUUCCAGCCUGUUGCGCCCAAGCAGAUGGCUGAGCCAGCUCGCGCACCUCAGCACACUCCGCAGCCUAUUCAUCAAGCAAAGGUCGCGCCGAGUCCAGUUCGGCCUAUCCAGCCACACCCCCAGGCUCCCCAUCAGCAAUUGCAGCACCAGCCGCAUCAACACCAACAGCAGGCUCUGCAACAGCAACAUCAACCCAUCGCUUUAGCGCCUACGUCACAGCCCGGAACACCCCCUAUUGAUCCCGCCGUCCAGCUUGACCAAGUGCAAGCCAAGAAGCGCAAGCGGGCUACCAAGAAGGAGGAGCCGGAACAGGCCGACUCUCCGGGCGAAUCUAUGGGCAGGAAAGGCGACGAGGCGGAAAAUUUGGUACUCCCUACAAGUACCGAGGAGGAGCUGGCUCAGAUGCAACAGUUCAAGAAGCGCAAUGCUGCGGCCAAGAGGCAGUUCCUUCCCGUGCCCGGCGCACCAUUUCUUGUGUCAUCUGGAGCGGUCAAGUUGUCCGCCCCUAAGAGCUACGACAGACUGGCCCCUCUUGUUGCUCUCCCUUCAACCAGCGGAAAGCGUAUUAUCCCGGAAUUGGCCUCUGAGCUCCCAUGUGAAAUCCAGGGCAAGUUCACAGACAGAUACAGGCCAUCUCCUGUCCUUCCUGGCAAGCCCGAGGACCGAGAAAUUGAGGCUAGGGCGCUCCUCGACCAGUACACGCGUGAAAUGAAGCAGCUGGGCAACCGUCGACCUAAGUACGCUGAUUAUCCCUUCACUUUCCAAGAGCAAUUGAAGGCAGAUGAAGCGACAAAGUCCAAGGCCCAGAGGAAAGCUCGCAAGGAAGAGGAGGAAGAGCGCAAGAAGCCUAUUCGCCCCGAGACACGACCUUCUGAUCCUGUGGAGGGCGCCGUCUGGGAUAUUCUGGGUAUUGUCUACAUCGAUCCUUCGGCCACCAGAACGAACGCUCUCAUCGCCAGUGCCGUCCAAGCUCUGGGUGAAUUCUUGAUUAAACUCAGGUCUGAGAUGAACAGGACAAAGCAAGAAGCCGAUCAGGCAGCGAAAGAAGGAAAGCCGGCAUCCGCAAUCGCCGAGUGGACCCGAAAGACCGACCUCAAAAAGGAGACUUUUACCAAGGUUUGCGAAGCAGCGGCUAAACACGGCGAUGAAGCGGUGUUGGAGAAUCUCGGCGGUCACCAGAAGGGUAUUUUGAGUUUGGUGAACAUGUUGAUUGGCUGCAUCAAGGCUGCCGACUUCAACGGACCCCUCCCCAAAGCUCUUCUUCGCUUCAUGUCCAACAUCAGCAUGUCCGAAAAGGUUUCCAAGAACGUCAACUUCGAAAAUGUGCGAAAGCGUCUUGCGGACAAGGGCGACGACGAAGUCAAGGAGCUAGUACGCACGAUCGCGUCCAGGAUCAAAAAGGACACUGAUAAGAAGGAUGCGGAGCCAAACGGUGUCGAGGUGAAGAAGACGCCGUCGGCCACAUCGGCCAGCAAGUUGACGAAGACGUCAACCAAGACCGCCGACAGUUCCCCGGCGAAACGAGCUCGUGAUGACGAUAGCGACUCCCGCACGGCUAAAAAGGUGGCCGUUGAAUCGACAAACAAUGCGUUGAGCAGCAAGAUGGGUGCGAAACCUGCGGCUGGAUCUCUCCAGUCCAAGUUCGCUGCCUCAAAGCCUCGUCCCACGUCUUCGGCCACUCUCGCAGGGAAGAUCCGCCCGCCCAAGCCCGUUACCAGGGAGCCAGUCAAGCCGGAUACUUCGAAGCUCGAAGCAUCUUCUUCAACCACGCCGAUGGACAUUGACAAGAAACCACCGCCGCCUGCGCCCAAGCCCGAGCCAAGAGUGCCCGCUGCCGCGAAACCGGCUGCGGCCUCGAGCUCGUCACUGUCUAGCAUCGCCUCGUUGCUUGAUUCCAUCAAUACGCCCAAAGCAGAGAUGCAGGCCACACAAGCCAAGGACUCCAGCAAGAGAGAUACGCCCGAGACUCCGGAGGAAAAGGCCAAGCGACUCAAGAAGGAAGCUCGUCGCAAGCUUCGCGUCAAGUGGAAGCCCGAAUCAGAGCUCGUCCAGGUCCGCAUUUUCCACAAGGAAGCGGCAGAGGACGAGGACAACAUGACAAAGGAUGCUGCAGACGACCGAUCCGAGGGAAUGAUGCUCAAGCAACGGGCCAACUUUAACGAAGACGAGGAUGACGAGGACGAGCUGCCCUAUCAGCCAUACACCCCGCCGAUCAUUGCCGACGUCUCCCGCAUCGCUCAAGAGUAUCGCGAUAAAUCUUACGUCACCCGUGGCGGCAACGUCGCUUUCCAUACCGACGAGCAAAAGGCCAUCGCGGAUCGAGAGAACAAGGAGCUUAUGGUUGUGUACACGGACGUCUCGGAUAUCCCCCCCACGCCUAAGUCACCGCCCCCAGAGUCAGCGGUCCCCAACUCGGAUGCGAAGAUCGCACAGCUUCCUCAAGGCGAUCCGAAAUUUGACGAGAUUCAUAAGCGGUGGAAGGAUGCGCAACAGUUUGGCUCAGAAGCUGCAGGCUAUUACGCUAGGAAACGCCUCGAUGCCAAGGACGACCCCGCGACCAAGCUGAACUCCAUUCUGGGCAACCUCAAGCCGGUGGCGCCUGCCGUUACCCCCGAGCCGUACAACAUGACCCCACCUGGAGAGAACGCCCAACCGAUUGUCCCACCUCCCGCCGAGAUGCAGCCUGUUCCUUCCAUUCCAUUCGACGACAAAGUACAUGGCAUCUUGACGUCUGGAAAGCUGAACAGUUGGAGAGACGUCAACCCUUUCAACGCGGCGGCCCCGCAAACGCAGCGACGAUACGACUAUCCAGACUCCACCGUUCAAGCUGCCGCUAACAGCAUUGAGGAGGUUGUCGAGAAGCUCCGGGGUCUGCCUUAUCCCGCGACCAACCCGCCCGCCUGGUUGGCCAACGACCCCGAAAGAGUCAGAGAGUGGUGGGCUGGCUUCCAGAAGGAUUCGGUGGCCAAGGCGAAGAAGGACACAGAAGACCGUAUUCGCGCUGAGGCUGAAGGCCAAACUCAACAAGCAGCUCCCCAGGCGGCUCCCCAAGGCCAGGAUAAUCAGGACGCGUGGGCGGCAUACUACCAACAACAGCAGCAGUAUGCCCAGUACAUGGCUCUCAUGCAGUCCAUGGGUGGUCAGUCUCAGCAACCCACCCAACCGGCUCCGGCUCCGGCGGCGCAACCAACGCAACUCGGCGACGCCCAGCUUCAUGCAAUUCUGGCGCAGAUGAGCCAACAGCAACCUGACCAGAGCGCGCCUCAAGCUAGUUCAUUUGGCGUAAACCCACAAGAUGCGGGCUACCAGCAGUUGAUGAUGUUUGCGCAGAUGCAGCAGCAACCGCAGCAACAGCAAACCACGCAGCAACAGCCUCCGCCGGCUCCGGAACCUCCAGUCGAUCACGCGUCCGAGAAUUCGUAUAACAAGCCUACUUCUCACGGUCGAAAGUUGAUCGACUAUAGCGAUAGAGAUAGUCGCGAUGACUUCGAUGAUCACCGUGGACGCGAUCGGGAUAGGAACCGUGACCGCGACCGCGAAGGGGGCAGAGGCAAGCAGGGUAAGAACCGCAAAGGCAAUGCCCCGGGCGGAGCCACGCUUCCUCCCCAUCGACCAGUCAACCGCGCCCUCAUCGGUACCAAGCCGUGCAGCUUCUGGCAGCAGGGCAAGUGUGCCAGAGGCGACAAGUGCACCUUCAGGCACGACAACUAA